AUGCUGAAUGAUUUCCUUUUCCGCUCUACACAGGAAGCAAACACUGACUGAGGAAGUACAGUUGCAAAAAGCCUUUGACAGAUCCUCCAGAAAACAAUAGCAAAAGGACUGUUGGCUCCGUAUCCAGAGCCCGUGGAUGGAAGUCAUGGGUCCUGAAAGAAUUCUUCCGAACUCCGAGGAGGAAUUGGGACACGACCGCCCGUCCGAUGGACUUGGAGUUCCUGAGUGGAGCGGAGAGGACAUCGAGGAAGAUGAAGCAGGCGCCGUUGAUGAAGAUGACGAAGACAACGGAGGCUACUACUAUCAGCCCCUUAAUCAAGACCCGGAUGGAAUGUUGCCGGUGCCCACCGAACAACCAGAUGAAACGGCAUCGCCCGCCGAACAGAUUCAAGAGGUCCAGGACCGAAUAGAGGCGAUGGGUCUGUUCUUGCCCCAGCCACCCCCGGUAGACAGCGACGAGGAGGACGACCCAGAGGAGGCAGCUGCCUGCAGGAGCCGAGCCUCCAUCCCAAUGGAUGAUAACCACGUGGAGCUGGUGAAGAGGACCAUGGCGGCGGUGAACCUGCCCAUGCUGGGCGUCCCAGCCUGGGCACAGGACAUCUCAGACGACCAGUGGAAGGACAUGGUCCAGCAGACGCUCCAGUCCAGGCCGACCGACUCCCCGCUCACGCUGGACAACAACUGAGGCGUGAGCAAGAGUGACCGCGAGGCCAGAACAGACCCCCACCCACCCCCUACAUUUCAUGUCACUAUUCCCUCUGCAUAAGAGACUGAUUAUUUGGGAGUGAAGUGGAGGAGGAAUGCAUUUUCUUGAUAAAAUGUUGAUGAAAGCACUAAGGUCAAACAAAUCUUAAUUUUUAUUAACUUUAAUUAUUUUUUUUAAAUGGAUCCAUUGAGGUAUUCGUGUAGGUGGUAGUCCCUCUGCUGGUCAUGACUGUCCGAUUAAAGUGACCGGGCGGUCAAGACGGAAGACGAGACUGCCACUCGCUGGUCUGGGCAAACACGUUAAAGCUUUUAACGGUGGAUUAGGUGGUGUUUGGAAGUAUUUGUGCUGAACUCCCAAGAUGCUUCCUGUCCUCAAUAUCCAGAAUAAAUGAUUUGGAACAUUCAACUCAUGGACACUCCAAACCUACACGUGACCACACGUGUCUGAUUGGAAGAAUGAGUGUUGGAUUAAACAUUAAAACUAGCUGACAGAAUCAGGCGUUUUGAGCAGGUUAAUAUUACGGUGCUGUUGUCAUGACUCGGACCCUGUGUGUGUUUGCACUACCAGAGGGACAUAAUAUAUGAGUGGCAUAAGAACCAAUGCAGAUUACUACACUUUCCUUUUACUUUCUAAAGCAAGUUUCUUCUAAACGUCUGAAGUACAUGUCUGACCAAAAGUCUGUUAAUUCAAAGUGAUUUGUGUUUUGCGAGAGGGCUGGAAGUUUCUGCUUUCAGUCUGCUGGUCUGCUUUUCAGCUUAUGUAAAUUGGAGUGUUUGUUGUUGAAGUGAUCAUGUAAGUUUGUUUCUGUGUGGAAUUACAUAAUUCUGCAUUUUAAUUCUGAAAUGUGAAUUUGUGUUUGGUGAGUGAAGUUCUGCCUUUCUACCGUUUGUAUGCUGUUCAACUUCUCCAUUAUUUCAACAAGCCACUGUAAAUCAAAAAACACUUCAUUGCCUGUUAAUGAGUCUUUUGUUUUUUUUAUUUUAUUUUUGUUCUGUACAUACAUGAACAUCUGUACAAAAUAUGACUCUCAUACUAUGUAAUGCUCUACCUAAUAAAAGUACAACAUAUGUACAAAAUGACCUGGAAA